GACGGGGGCGAUCAGCCUGAAGUUCGAUGAGAAGUUCCAGGCGGCGAAAAAGAAGACGGCCAAGGACCAACAGGAGGAGGCCAAGAGGUCAGCCGCAGCCAGCGAGGUGACGAUCUAUGACAGUGAUAUCGAGACGGCCCUGGUGGAGUUCGAGUGGACCAAGAGCCCGCGGAUAGUGAUCAAGAUGCCGCUGAGCACGUUGGCGCAAGGAACCUUCAGCAUGAUGAUGUCGUUGAUGGUCGCAGCGUCCAUAUGCUGCGUGAUCUGCAAGGUUUCGCAGAAGGCGACGAAGGCCCCGGACGCGCCAGAACCCGAGCCAGAGAAGGCGAGGGAACAGACCAAGGCCCAGAAGGAGAGGAUGAUGGAGCUGAGCGCCAUCAUGUGGGACGUCGGCUGCCUAGGUCCCGUGCGCUGCGCGAGCGUUGGUCUACCGGAUGGACACUGCGGACAGCGCAAGCAUGUGACGAACGGUUUUCGACGAGGCUUGGAGAUUGCCCGCGAGCUGCACGCGGCGCAGCAGAAGCCGCGCAGUGAGUGA